UUGUAUUUGACAAUCAUUCCAAGUACUGUCAAACUUAUUACGUUGACGUUUUUGUGAAAAUCCUUUCUUUAUUAUUGUAAUAAAAUUAAAAACGGCCUCCAGUAACGGGUCGCCGUCGCGUGGACAAAGGAGCGUCGACCGUGAUGUGAGGGCUCGCGGGGACGAGCACGCGCCUAUGUCAGACUCCCAGACUCAGGGCCCAGAGGCCAUGACAGAAAGACGUCCCUUCUUUUACCCUGAUAGUAGUAGUGAUACGGAGGAGUACAGGAGGGACGAGGAGCGUCGCAAGCGGUUGUCGAAGCGAACUGGUCCGAAUAUCCGAGGGCGACCAAAUAUGCCGCCGAAAAACUUGUCAGCUAAUACCCCGACGCCUUCGACGUCGACUGCCCAGGAGCCGCCCAGGAAUGGACAGAAGAGCCAGAACCAGCUCGGCGAGGACCGGAUAACCCUUGUGGUGGAUAAUACGCGGUUCGUGGUGGACCCAGCGCAGUUCACAGCACACCCUAACACUAUGUUGGGAAGGAUGUUCAGUUCAGGUCUCGAAUUCACCCAUCCGAACGAGCGCGGUGAAUACGAGGUGGCUGAAGGCAUAUCGGCGACAGUCUUCCGGGCUAUCCUUGAGUACUACAGGCUGGGCAGCAUCCGGUGCCCCCCCACGGUCUCCGUGCAGGAGCUGAGGGAGGCCUGCGACUAUCUACUGGUCCCGUUCGAUGCUAACACUGUUCGAUGUCAGAACCUUCGCGGCCUACUCCACGAGCUAUCAAACGAGGGCGCUCGGCGUCAAUUCGAAUCAUUCCUCGAGCGUCUGAUCCUCCCCCUCAUGGUGGAGUCAGCCCAGAGGGGGGACAGGGAGUGUCACGUCGUAGUCCUGCUGGACGACGACUCUGUGGAGUGGGAUGAGCAGUAUCCACCUCAAAUGGGAGAUGAGUACUCCCAGACCGUGUUGUCCACACCCCUGUACAGAUUCUUCAAAUAUAUUGAGAACAGGGACGUGGCAAAACAAGUGAUGAAAGAACGCGGCCUCAAAAAGAUCCGCCUCGGGGUCGAAGGCUAUCCAACAUACAAAGAGAAGGUCCGAAAGAGGCCAGGGGGCCGGGCAGAGGUCAUCUACAACUACGUGCAACGUCCUUUCAUACACAUGUCCUGGGAGAAAGAAGAGGCGAAAAGCAGGCAUGUCGACUUUCAAUGCUUCAAGUCGAAGUCCGUCACGAAUUUAGCCGAAGCCACAGCUGAUCCUGUCAUUGAGCUGGAUGCUAAUAGAGUGAGGGAUGAGGAGAAUCCCGAAGUGGUUCAAGAGCCCGAAGUGGAAGAGGCACAGUGAUCGGAACCCCGCUCGUCGAGAGCGGUCGCCAAGAUACUAUCUGGUAUGUUCUGCUGGUAAGUUUUGAGUGGCGUUUUGUUUCAGUGGUAUUUGAUGGCUGUUGAUGGUUUCUGGGGUUGAGAUUUUGGUUGGUGGGUUUAUGGUGGGGUACGAUUUUAGGUGAUGAAGAGCAUUCUUUGGAAAAGAGUCCGAAGAUUGCUAGUUUAAACCUCUAUUUUACUGUAUGGCAUAUUUUCAGUGAUUAAAAGUAACCUUUUUAUAAGGCCAGCCUUUUGAUAGGUGACCAACAAAGUGCAAGAAGCAAAAUUUGCUUGUUCAAAGUAGUCCUAUUUUCUACUCAUUUAAUACCCAGCAAACUACAGGACAACGGUAAAAGAAAGAAUCGCGAGGAAAUUUCAAUUCUAAUUGGUCUUUGAAAUCGCUACCCCUCAUUGAACCAGCACUAUGUUCACGCAUAGUAGCUAUGGGAUAGUUUCACCAUCAAAAUAGUGUCAAUUUACCACUAAAAGUGCCACCCAAAUAAGAGAAAAGGUUCUAUAGUGUCGGAAAGUGUUAAGCUGGUGCCAGG